CCCCCCUUCAAGUCUCCAACUGCUCUAUGGCAAACCUUGGCUCCAGAUGGCGCUCUUCGCCCAUCUUUAUUCUUACAAGUGUGGCGGUGGGCAUGAUAUCUAAUAUGUUUCUGUAUGGCUUCAUGGUUCCCAUCCUGCCGUAUAUCCUGGAAGAACGAGUCAAAAUCAACCCGUCGAAUACCUCUACAGUGACGAUUCUUCUCCUGGCGCAGAAUGCCCUGAUCUCGACCGUGUGCACGCCGACAAUCGGCUUGAUCCAUCAUCUCGUGCCGUCAAAGCGUGUGUUUUUGAUCGUCUCAUUGCUCAUCACCCUGCUGAGUAGUGGCUGCAUGGCUGCCUCACGGUCUGUCUACGGCAUCAUGGUUGGUCGCUUUCUCCAAGCCCUCGCCGACAGCUGUAUGAAAAGCACCGGCUUCUCGACUGUGGCCGAGCAUUCGACGACGUUUCCCCCGGGGAGCCUGAUGAGGCUGCUCAACAUGGCUGUCUCGACGGGGACGUCUGCCGGGCCGAUGAUGAGCGGCUUACUGUUGCAGAAGUAUGGAUACUGGACUGCCUGGUCGAGUGUCUUCCUUCUUCUGUUCAUUGACCUGGUGUUUCGUUUGCUGGUGGAUGGUAAAAGCGCUUACUAUAACGGACCGACAGCUGCGGAUGUCAAGACAGAAGAGGUCAAAUCCGAUGAUGAAGAGACUCCUCUCUUGGCCGCUCCAUCCGUACAAAGUGUGCCAGACACAGCCAGUCGAUAUCAAUGCUACCUCAUUCUCCGCCAGCGCCCGUUCCUCGCUGUCCUGGUCCAUCACGCCUUGAUCGCCAUCCUGCUGGCCAGCUUCGACGCCGCGCUGCCGCUGCACGUCCGCCAGACGUUCGCCUGGGGCAGUGCCGCGACGGGCCUCCUCUUCUCUGCUCUGCAGACGCCAUCUAUCUUCCUGACACCUCUAUUCGACUGGUUGGGAGAGAAGAAGAGGAAGAAAAGCGAGGCAGCGCCAUCUCCGACACUUCUAGGCUUUCUCCUCCUGGCACCCUGCUUCGCUCUGCUGGGCUUACCGGGCCAUCCAGCGUUUCCCUCUCUCGGCAGCGAGACCCUCCUCGGCCAAGCGUUGUACAUCGUCUCUGUCGUUCUGGUUGGCGUGCUCAUCUCCAGCCUGGCGGGGACGGCCGCGGCGCAAACCACGAGCACCGUCAAGACGAUGGAGGGGAUGCUGGGGAAGACAGCGACGGCGCAUGCCCUGUCGAUGGUUGCCAUGAGCUCGUCGCUGGGCAUGGUCUUGGGGCCGAUCGUGUCGGGCAUUCUCAUGGAGAAGUUGGGAUAUCUGGCCAUGAAUUGCUUCUGGGUGUUUUUAAUAAUCAUUACCAUUAUGAUACGAAUCAUAUACUCGUAUUACAAUGAUUAUAUUCUCAUUUAAUAGAUCAAACAGCAGUCACUAUUGCAAAUAAACAUCCUAUACUACUUCUCAGUCUCCUGCACCGGCACCU